CACGUGACAGAACACGCACGGAAGUGACGCGUGGUGCUCAAAAGAGUUAAGCAAAGCAUCUGGGAACAAAACACCAGCUAGCUCAGUUUUUAUUUAACAGCGGAGGACCGGAGCUGGGAGCAAACACACGGCGGAAACGGUUGACACUACUAUAAGCAGACAGACGCCAUGAAUCCUGUAUACAGCCCUGCACCAACAGGGGUCCCCUUCACCAACACAAAGGGUUUGAGCUAUCCAGCAGCCGGAUUCCCUGUUGGAUACGCGACCGCUGCACCGGCAUACAGUCCCAGUGUUUAUGCUGGAGCAAACCCGGGCUUCUCCAGCGGCUAUGCCACUGGCACUGCUUUCAAAAUGUCCUGCUCUCCCAACACGGGGACCGUCCCACCGUACUCCUCCUCCCCGAACCCAUACGCCGCCGUUUACCCUGUGAGGAGCACCUAUCCCCAGCAGAGCCCUUACGCACAGGCGUUAAUACCGUCACAACAGCAAGGCACCUAUUACACGCAGCCGCUGUACGCUGCUCCGCCUCACGUCAUCCAUCACACGACGGUGGUCCAGCCCAACGGGAUGCCCGCAGCCAUGUACGCCCCGCCCAUCCCUCACUCUCGCCCCAACGGUGUAACCAUGGGGAUGGUAGCGGGCACAACCAUGGCCAUGUCAGCAGGAACUUUGCUGACAAGUCCAUCACCUGCACCCGUUGCCCCCCAUCAAGUUACGAUGCCCACAUAUCGGGCCCCUGGCACCCCCAGCUACAGUUAUGUGCCGUCACAGUGGUGAAGACACUGAAGCGUGAGUCCAGUGUCGCAAAGGCGUUAGAUAUGCAUUCACACUCUACUCCAGUGUUUUUCGCUCUCGGCAGCGGCCUGCCCUCGCAGCGUCUGCAACCACUUAGUCUUCUUCCAGCAUAAUGUGAAUCUAAAACCCAACUAACAUAGAUCAGAGCCCCGUUCCAAUAUGGAGGGGGCUUGGAAGGAUAGGGACCCAUGUACACCCCCCCUUCUCCCCCUUAUAUCAACAAGGCUGCAUUCCCCCCCCCUUUCCUUCCAGUCCCUGCCAGCAUCAGCACCUCUGCAGCCUGGCCUCAUAUCUCGCAUCAAACUGCAAAAAAGGAAAAAAAAAAACAAAAACAUAAAAAAACCUCCAGGCGAACCUUUUGCGGACUGUCAUGCAGGUUUUUAUAGCUUAAACUCUGAAGUGGUAAAAAGGGAGUUCUGUUUUCUUUUUCUGUUUAUUUUUUUAAUUAUUAUUAUUAUUAUUUGGAGGAUACCUAUGACGUUGAAUGCAUGUGUGUGUGUAUAUAAAUAUAUAUAUAUAUAUAUAUAGAUAUAUGAAGUAAUGCUAGCUUGAUCUACCUGCUGUGACAGAUGCAAAGUCAAUAAAAGGCACACGUCCAAAGGAACUAAAAAAGAAAAAAAAAAGUAAUAAUCUGCAAUGCUGAAUCACCAGUGACCGUCUCAUAAAUGUGAAAAAAAAGAAGAUUUUUCAUGCAAAAACGUGCCUGCGUACCCCAACGCAGAGUCUUACCAUUUCCACUGCUUUCGAUAUGUAACGCGAGGUCUUUAUUGUUUCUUCAAAUGACGCAGCGUCUUCACUUUUUUUUUUUUUUGUGCAUUUUAGGGGGGAAAAUAAAGAGACGGGGAGUGCUUGACUUCGUGCCUCUGACUGACAGCCAUUCCGCAACUUAACCAGCUCGAGUGUUUCAUUUCUUUUUCUUCUUCUCCUGUGUUUUUAGGAAAAGCUGCUUUCUAAAAAAAAAAAAAAAAUAGAAAAA